AAAACCCAAAACACAGAACCACCAAAUCACUCCUCCUUAGUUAUUCCCUCCCUCUCCAAAAAACAACCCAAGCCCAUCAGAUCUGAACCGCCCCCUCACAAUUCUCUCCCACCAAUGAAGACCUCUCCGUUGGUUUCCGCGGCGGUGGUGGCGGUGGUUCUGCUCAGUGUACUAUGCGUGAAUGCCUUCGACGACCAGGUGUCGGCGACCCCGACGCUGGUCAAGAAGGUCAAAGGAAAGAAGGUGUGCGACAAAGGGUGGGAGUGUAAGGGGUGGUCACAGUACUGUUGCAAUCUCACCAUUACCGAUGUCUUCCAGACCUACCAAUUCGAGGAGCUCUUCAAAAACCGGAACUCGCCGGUGGCUCACGCCGUUGGAUUCUGGGACUUCCAGUCCUUCAUUCUCGCCGCCGCGCUUUUCGAGCCACAAGGGUUUUGCACCACCGGCGGGAAGCUUAUGCAGAUGAAGGAGCUCGCCGCUUUUCUCGGACAUGUCGGCAGCAAGACCUCUUGUGGUUACGGUGUGGCCACCGGAGGACCAUUGGCAUGGGGACUUUGCUAUAACAGGGAAAUGAGUCCCAUGCAGUCAUACUGUGAUGACUUCUACAAAUACACAUAUCCCUGCUCCCCUGGAGCUGACUACUACGGUCGUGGUGCUUUGCCUAUCUACUGGAACUACAAUUACGGUGCAGCUGGGGAAGCAUUGAAGGUUGAUCUGUUGAACCAUCCAGAAUACAUUGAGCAGAAUGCUACUCUUGCCUUCCAGGCUGCAAUAUGGAGGUGGAUGACUCCUAUCAAGAAAUCGCAACCCUCAGCCCACGAAGCAUUCGUUGGCACUUGGAAGCCUACCAAGAAUGACACAUUGUCCAAGCGAUUUCCAGGAUUUGGCGCAACAAUGAAUAUUCUAUAUGGGGAGCAAGUUUGUGGCCAGGGCGACAUUGACGCCAUGAACAACAUCGUUUCCCAUUACCAGUAUUACCUCGACCUUUUGGGUGUUGGUCGUGAGGAAGCAGGUCCCCAUGACGUGCUAACUUGUGCUGAGCAGCUUGCAUUUAAUCCAAUUACCAAAGCAUCUUCUUGAACUCUUAAGUGGUGCGAGAGCCUACCUUAUCACAUCCAUCCCUUAUGUUUUCAGAUAAAAAAAAAUUACAAAAAAGAAAAAUCAAAAUCAAUUUCCCAUCCUUGCCAGGACUGUUUCUCCUUAAGGUGAACUAUCAAUAAAUGAACGUGUCCAAGCUAGAUGUUAAUAUGAUUAUUUGGAAUGCAGAUGUGUGAAGCUACAUAUGGGUGAGAAUACAUAAAGUGGUAUUUAUUUGUUCUUAAUAGUUUAUUGUUGCUAUAUUGAUUUUGAAUUUUAUUCUUUUACAAGGUCGAAAUGUGUGAUCAUGUAAUUUGUAAAAUGUAAUAUAUAUGAACCAGUUUCUUGUCA